CCCUUUCCCUCCCCCUGGACACAUACAAAGGGAACAAAGGGAGAGAUACCUGGUGGCGGGAAAAAAGGGGGCGGGCUGGGGGAGGUAAAGGGGGCUGGGGCAGAGAAGGGACAGAUGCUUAAGGAGGAAACCAAGCCAGGAGCAGCAGACUAAUUUUUGUUUUUGUUUCAGGCAGAUCUCUAAGAGCUGUGCGGCAAGAACUCACCAGGAAAUCUGCAGCUGGAAGAGAUCCGGUCAUCGCUGAGAUGGAGGCGAAUGCUGCCCAAGGGGUGGAAAUCGGAGCGACGAAGAGGAAAGCCCUGAUGCCCAGGAGGUUCCGGGAAGAGACAGAAAGCUCGGCAGGGGACAUUGCUAGGCCCAAGAAGAGGGUAAGUUGUUCCCUGCAGGUCAGGAGUCGGUCAGCGAGCGGUGGAUGCGGCAGAAGAGACGGCGUCGUCAGCGAAGAGGAGGAAGCAUCGCGAGAACGAGAACCGGAUCAAGAUGACGUCACUUUCGGGUCGACGAACAGCGCUGGACCGGCGGUGCGAAAAAGGAAGAAGUUUGGAGGCGCACAGAGGAUCGGGGAGCAGCACAACAAGGAGCAUCCAAGGAAGAGGCAAUGGUAUAACCAGAGGAUACCUGGAUGGGCAGUGGGACAGGAGUUUCCAUAUUGGGAUGGUUAUCGGGUGCCGAGUCUCCAGUUUAGAAACAGGGAGGAAGAGGAGAGCUGGUUGCAGUGGAGGAAAGAAAGAACGCAAAGACAAGAGGAGGAGGCAGGCCCAUCAACAAGGAGGGAAAAAGAAGCCUAUCCAACAAAUACAAGGGUGCAGGAAAAGCAGAAAGAGGAUACAAGCACACAGAGACCAAUCGUGGCAACCUCUGCAAAGGAGGCACCUAUGGGUGGAUGGAGGCUAAGAAGGUGCUCCAGGGUCUUCGGACCGAUCGCCUAGAUGGGGUCAGGAAGGAAUUUUCCCCUGCGGUGCUAAUUGGAAACAAACACCGAAGGGUUUUUUCGCCUUCCUCUGGGGCAUUAUUAUAUGUGAAGUCAAAGGUACUCCCUGAAAUCAGCUGCGGCUACAAAUGUGUGGGGGUCAGCGGCAGUGCGGCUCCAGGAGAAAAGACGGUUACAGUGCAGGCCUACCCUUUGGAGAGUCACUAGUGUGGAGCAGACUUUGACUGCACGGUCUUGUCUGAGUCAUGCAAGGGGCUGGGGUUAGCGCCAGUUAUGCACACGGUUGGGAGCAGGAGGAUGGGCGACUGAUUGGUCACAGAGGGCGCUUGGCCCCAUGAUCCCUGCUCCCUGUGGUUGUCUAUUACGGUGUGGGCACAAUGCCCAGGUUGGUGAUAGGAGCCGCAGCUGGGGGUCAGGGGGUACCUAGUCCUUUUAGCAAAAAGUAAUAAAUAAAGAAAGUGACUUCCACACAUAUUUUGCACCAA